ACAUUAAUAUUUCUCUAUCUCAAUCACCAAAUUUGAACCCACAUUUGGUUAUUGACACUAAAUAUAUGGAAGACCACAAGGAGCAGAAAGAAGUAAAAUAUCGCGGCAUUCGCAGGAGGCCAUGGGGGAAAUACGCGGCUGAAAUACGUGAUCCGAAAAGAAAUGGCGCACGUUUGUGGCUAGGCACGUUCGACACGGCAGAAGAGGCUGCAAGGGCAUAUGAUAAAGCUGCAUAUGCUUUGAGGGGUCAUCAAGCAAUUCUUAACUUUCCAAACGAUGACCAUUAUAGAAGUGCAGGCCUGCCUCCAUCUAUUAGUUAUUCGUCGUCUUCUUCAUCUUCAUCUUCAUCUACAUCUUCAUCAGCUCCUCUUUGUGAUGAGAAUUUAGCGGUGGAGGGAUCGUCCAAAGGGCACGGCGAACAGGUAAUAUUCGAGUUUGAAUAUUUGGAUAAUAAGCUGCUGGAGGAUCUUCUUGACAGACACAAGUAAAGAGAGAAACAGAAAAAGAAAUGUUCAAAUUGUGGAUGACUGGUUUGAAUUCGUUUGAAUUUUCAAGUAAAAAAUGAAAGGCAAAAAGUUCGUAGAUUUAUGUUCUAAUGGGAUAAUCCAAAUUUGUGUUGGGGAGAGAUGCAAACAAAUAGCAGAAUAAUCUUGUACCAAAAACAAAUAAGUAAAAGGCCCUUUUUGACAAUUGUA